AUGCGGGCCCUUGCCGGCCUCCUGCCCUCGGAGAAGCCCGGGCCUCGCUCGGGUGGGCUGCUCAACUCCUUGUCUGUGGAUCCCGACGCCAAGUGCAAGUAUGGCCUGUACUUCAGGGACGGCAAGCGCAAGGUGGACUACAUCCUGGUGUACCAUCACAAGAGGCCCUCGGGCAGCAGGGCCCUGCCCAGGAGGGUCCUGCACAACGAUGCCGCCCUGGGGGCUCGAAGCAGCAAGCAGGACCAGCCCCUGCCUGGGAAGGGCAGUCAGGUAGAGGCCGGCUCGCCUGAGCCCCCCAUGGACUACCACGAGGACGACAAGCACUUCCGCAGGGAGGAGUACGAGGGCAACCUUCUGGAGGCGGGCCUGGAGCUGGAGCGUGACCAGGAUACUAAAAUCCAUGGGGUUGGGUUUGUCAAAAUCCAUGCCCCUUGGAACGUUCUCUGCAGAGAGGCUGAGUUUUUGAAACUGAAGAUGCCGACAAAGAAGAUGUAUCACAUUAGUGAGACCCGUGGCCUCCUGAAAACCAUCAACUCGGUGCUGCAGAAGAUCACGGACCCCAUCCAGCCCAAGGUGGCCGAGCACAGGCCCCAGACCAUGAAGAGGCUCUACUACCCCUUCUCCCGGGAGAAGCAGCACCUAUUCGACCUGUCUGAUAAGGAUUCCUUUUUUGACAGCAAGACCCGGAGCACAAUAGUCUAUGAAAUUUUGAAAAGAACGACGUGUACCAAAGCCAAGUACAGCAUGGGGCAAGGAGAGGGAAGAAAGAAAGACUCUGCCCUUCUAAGUAAAAGGCGGAAAUGUGGGAAAUACGGCAUCACAAGCCUGCUGGCCAAUGGUGUGUACUCGGCCGCCUACCCGCUUCAUGAUGGAGACUACGAGGGGGACAAUGUUGAGUUCAAUGACAGGAAGCUCCUGUACGAGGAGUGGGCACGCUACGGCGUCUUCUAUAAGUACCAGCCGAUCGACCUGGUCAGGAAGUAUUUCGGGGAGAAGAUCGGCUUGUACUUCGCCUGGCUGGGUGCGUACACCCAGAUGCUCAUCCCUGCCUCCAUUGUGGGAAUCAUCGUCUUCCUGUACGGAUGUGCCACGGUGGACCAGAACAUCCCGAGCAUGGAGAUGUGUGACCAGAGGCACAAUAUCACCAUGUGUCCUCUCUGUGACAAGACCUGCAGCUACUGGAAGAUGAGCUCAGCCUGCGCCACAGCCCGUGCCAGCCACCUCUUCGACAACCCAGCCACUGUCUUCUUCUCCGUUUUCAUGGCUCUGUGGGCUGCCACCUUCAUGGAGCACUGGAAGCGGAAACAGAUGCGGCUCAAUUAUCACUGGGACCUCACGGGCUUUGAGGAGGAGGAGGAAGCAGUCAAGGAUCAUCCCAGAGCCGAAUACGAAGCCAGAGUCUUGGAGAAGUCACUGAGGAAAGAAUCCAAAAACAAAGAGAAGCGCCUGCAUGUUCCGGAGGAGUCAACAAACAAGUGGAAGCAGAGGGUUAAGAGCGCCAUGGCGGGGGUGAAAUUGACAGAUAAGGUGAAGCUCACCUGGAAAGACCGGUUCCCUGCAUAUCUCACCAACCUGGUCUCCAUCAUCUUCAUGAUUGCGGUGACGUUCGCCAUCGUCCUCGGUGUCAUCAUCUACAGAAUCUCCAUGGCCGCCGCAUUGGCCAUGAACUCCUCCCCAUCCGUGAGGUCCAACAUCCGGGUCACAGUCACAGCCACCGCGGUCAUCAUCAACCUGGUGGUCAUCAUCCUCUUGGAUGAGGUCUACGGCUGCAUCGCCAGGUGGCUCACCAAGAUCGAGGUCCCGAAGACUGAGAAGAGCUUUGAGGAGAGACUGAUCUUCAAGGCUUUCCUGCUGAAGUUCGUGAACUCCUACACACCCAUCUUCUACGUGGCUUUCUUCAAAGGCCGCUUCGUGGGACGCCCAGGCGACUACGUGUACAUCUUCCGCUCGUUCCGAAUGGAAGAGUGUGCCCCAGGGGGCUGCCUCAUGGAGCUCUGCAUCCAGCUCAGCAUCAUUAUGCUGGGGAAGCAGCUCAUCCAGAACAACCUGUUCGAGAUCGGCAUCCCGAAGAUGAAAAAGCUCAUCCGGCGCCUGAGGCGGCGGAGGCAGAGCCCCUCGGACCACGAGGAGCAGGGGAAGAGGAAGCAGCGCUAUGAGGUAGACUACAACCUGGAGCCCUUCGCCGGCCUCACCCCCGAGUACAUGGAGAUGAUCAUCCAGUUUGGCUUUGUCACCUUGUUCGUUGCAUCCUUCCCACUGGCCCCGCUCUUCGCACUACUGAACAACAUCAUCGAGAUCCGCCUGGACGCCAAGAAGUUUGUCACCGAGCUCCGGAGGCCAGUGGCUGUCAGAGCCAAGGACAUCGGGAUCUGGUACAACAUCCUCAGAGGCGUCGGGAAGCUGGCUGUCAUUAUCAACGCCUUCGUCAUCUCCUUCACGUCUGACUUCAUCCCGCGCCUGGUGUACCUCUACAUGUACAGCCAGAACGGCACGAUGCACGGCUUCGUCAACCACACCCUCUCUUCCUUCAAUGUCAGUGACUUCCAGAACGGCACGGCCCCCAACGACCCCCUGGAUCUGGGUUACGAGGUGCAGAUCUGCAGGUACAAAGAUUACCGGGAGCCCCCCUGGUCCGAGCAUAAGUAUGACAUCUCCAAAGACUUCUGGGCUGUCCUGGCAGCUCGCCUGGCGUUCGUCAUUGUCUUCCAGAACCUGGUCAUGUUCAUGAGUGACUUUGUGGACUGGGUCAUCCCCGACAUCCCCAAGGACAUCAGCCAGCAGAUCCACAAGGAGAAGGUGCUCAUGGUGGAGCUAUUCAUGAGGGAGGAGCAGGGCAAGCAGCAGCUACUGGACACGUGGAUGGAGAAGGAGCGUGCCCCAGAGGAGCCGUGCAACAACCACAACCCCAAAGCCCGCUCGGACAGCUGUGGCAGCAGCGGCCCGGCCCCCAGCCACGCAUACCACGGGGGUGCACUGUAGCUGGCGCUGGUACAGUGGGCAGGCCAGCGGGCUUCCCCACCCCACCGACAGCCACCCUCUGGCAGGCAGGCCUGCUCACCCCACCAGGGCCUGGUGGUCCCUGUGUUUUCUACAGAUGUGGAAGACCACUUUCUGAUAGGACAAUGUUUUUCUUUCUUCUUCUUUCUGUAUUUUUCCUUGUUUUUGCACAAAACCAUUAUGCAGGGAAUUUUUUAUCUUUAGUAUUUAAGGUGAAUCAAAACAAUGGGUGGUAGUGCCGGGGAUUUAGCUCAGUGGUUAUGCUGCCUGCCUUGCAAGCGGAAGGACCCGAGUUCGAUCCCUCGUACCAAAAAAACAAAAAAUAAUGGGUGGUGAUGGGAAUAUACACAUGGUGAGAACUGGUGCUUUGCAGAGCAGUAGGUGGAAAUCUUGAGUCUCUAGAGCAGUGGGAAGAGGGCAGUGGCUCUAGAAAUCCUCCUCUUUUGUCUGUUGCCUGCAGGCAGAUGCAAAAUGGCAUUCAGAGGCAUUGGCAAAAGCUGGUGCCGUGUUUCCAGAAGAAAUGAGAAACAAAGAAGGAAUAAGCAGUGUGGAUACUGGUUCUGAAGGGCAUCACCUGCCUCUAGGUCAGAUACACUAAAGGACAUUUAAUCAUCUUUUCCUUCUGAAAGUUCAGAACCCAAGUCCCUCUGGUCAGAAGAGAGGCACCCAGCCCUGUCCACAUGGCGGGCAGGGGAGCUUCUGGUUUAGUCUUGGACAAUUAAAGGGCACAACCGCCCCUCAUUAGCAGCGACCAGUGCCCUUGUGUCCCAGGCAAGCUCCCCGCUGGCCAGUCCUGUGCCAUCGCACAGCACUGACCUCGGAGUUGAUCAUCCUCCUUGUAGGAUAAAAACAGGGCAACAUUACCUAAGAAGCGUUUCGAAGGGAGGCUUAAUGAUUUCACCAAGUCCUGAGGCUUCCACAGUUUAUGCAAAGCCUUAAAAUAUUUAUUGGUUUUGUUUUGUUUUUUUUUUUUAAAAAAAAACCUCAAUGAUGGGGUGAAUUGGGGGAUUUUUUUCCUGUAGUUUAAGGUGGCAGGAGUUCAUUAGUUAACCAAAUACCAUUGAGAGGAAUUUAAAAUACUGUAACUACCAAAGAUUUUUAUUAAUAAAGUCUUCUAUUUUGGUAACACUUCUCUAUAUUUUUACUCAUAGGAAUGUCACUGUUGGACAAUUAUUUUAUAAGCUUGUGAGAACAAGUCUCAUCAAUAAUACAAGCGAUCUAAAUUGCAGCAGUUAUACUAACCAAUUAUCAGAAAUUUCUCAAGCACCAAGAGAAACAUAAAAUGACACUUCACUGAAGCCAGGGAGAAAAAGCCUAAAUGUGUUUGCCUUGAACUUGUCAUGGGCGUGCUGUUGACAUUCCUGUAAUCAGCCAACUGUGAUCAAAGCCCAUGGGUGUCAUAGUUUUCCAUUAUUUGCUAAAAUCAUGCAAUCUGAUGCUUCUGUUUUCUCUUGUACAGUAAGUAGUUUCAAAUGAAGUUUUUGUAUAUAAAUAUUGUAUGAAAAACUAGGUGAUUACUAAAAAUCCUUUUAUGGAAACCAUUUUUUAAAAAACUGAAUGUGCCCGAAUUCACAGAGGACUGUGGCUGAACAUUCAUUUAAAUAAAUUUGAAUACACAACAUUCUCCUCUGUUCA